AUGGCCGCUCCCGAGAUACCGGCAGCAAGCCUGUCCUCGCCCGAGAUUGCCAUUCAUAGCGGCGACGGUUUCGAUUCCGAGCCUCGUCCACCCCUGACCCCUCACAUGUACGUCCAGCCUUCUCGCGAAUCCCAUGCCUUGGACUGGUCUCACCCUCAUCCACCCCGCGCCGCACCCACAUCACCCUCGGAACCCACAGCACACACCAAGAGCUAUCACAGCCCCAUGCGCCACCACCGUCGCACACCAUCCGCCCACCGCGAGGUCAAGGAGACCCUCGACGCCCGCACAGAGUACCCUGGUGAAGGGGACGAGGGCCAGAACCACCACCGCAUCAACCAGUACAUCAUCAAGGAGGAGAUUGGCCGAGGCUCCUAUGGCGCCGUCCACCUCGCUGUCGAUCAGUUUGGUACCGAAUAUGCCGUCAAGGAGUUUUCCAAGGCGAGGUUGCGCAAGCGCAUACAGUCGAGCAUGCUCCGCCAGGGCCCGCGGCGCCCUCAACGCUUCUCUCGCUCGGGCCUCAAUGGACCGCUGUCUCCCCCUGCCACGGCAUUCGGCUCGCUUGGCGCGCCCUCCGCUGCAGACGAGAAGGACGCCCUGUUUCUCAUCCGAGAAGAAAUCGCCAUCAUGAAGAAGCUGAACCACCCAAACCUCGUUCAGUUGAUCGAGGUGCUUGAUGACCCCGAGGAGGACUCGCUGUACAUGGUGCUCGAAAUGUGCAACCGCGGUGUCGUCAUGAAAGUCGGCCUCGGGGAGACGGCGACGCCCUACAGUGAGGAGUGCUGCCGUUGCUGGUUCCGCGACCUGAUCCUGGGCAUCGAGUAUCCUCCAGUCCACGCCCAAGGUGUCAUUCACCGCGAUAUCAAGCCGGACAAUCUUCUUCUGACGGAAGACGAGGUUCUCAAGGUCGUCGACUUUGGCGUCUCAGAAAUGUUCGAGAAGCCAGACAGGAUGAUGACGGCCAAGUCGGCCGGCUCCCCCGCCUUUCUAGCCCCUGAGCUCUGCGUGGCCCGCCAUGGUGACGUCUCGGGCAAGGCUGCUGAUAUCUGGUCCAUGGGUGUCUCUCUGUACUGCCUACGCUACGGCAAGCUGCCUUUCAGCCACGACGGCGUCUUGGAGAUAUACGAGGCGAUAAAAAGCGAUCCUCACGAGGUGCCAGAAGAUGAGAAUCCUCACUUGGCAGACCUCCUAAGCAAAAUCCUCGACAAGGACCCCCAGAACCGCAUCAAGAUGGCCGACCUACGGCAACAUCCCUGGGUCACCAAGGAAGGCGCCGACCCCCUGCUCUCGGAAGACGAUAAUUGUGCGAUGCUUGUCGACCCCCCUAACGAGCUUGAACUGAACCGCGCCUUCACCAGGAAGAUGAACCAUCUCCUCUGCGUCAUGAAGGCCAUCCAGAAAUUCAAAGUCGUCCUAGCCCGGCACCGCGCCAACGCCGCCAGCCGCAGAGAGGACGCUCUGCUGCCUGCCCCCGAGGAGUCCGAUUUCGACCCGGCCGAGGCCCGCGCCCGCGCCGAGGAGAUUGAGGCUCUCGUCGAGCGCCGUCGCAAUUUUAUCGCCCGCCACAACUCGAGUCGCGGCACCGGCGACGGCAGCAGGGCCGCGUCUCCACGCCCCGAGGCGGUUCCUGAGCUCUUGACCGAGCUGGAGCCCCUCUUCCUCGGCAUCGGCACCGGCGCGCGCGACGAGUACGGCGAGCCCUUGACUACCGACACGGUGGCCGAGUCCCCGACGAAUGCCGACUUUAACGUCUACGACCGGGCGUACGAGGAGGAGGUGCAGCGCAUCAUGGCCAAUCCGGCGAGGAAACCGACAAUGUACCUAACACGUUUUGUCAAGGACAGGGAGAAUUACCGCACAGUGGCCAACGUUGUGGACGGCACGGGAGGACACGGCCCGGGUCCUGAGGAGGGUAAGGGGCGGUUCGCCGACUUGGUGACGAGGCUGGGGCAGGCGGCAAGGAGCAAGGAGGAGGGCAGGUAG